ACAAAUAAAUAUGAGAAAUUUAAAUACCCACGAAAUAAUUUUAUACGAAAUUAAUGAUCGUUCCUCGAUAAUCCCAUUUCUUUCUGUACGAGUCACCGCGUGAUCGUAACUCUAUUCGUCGAAGAGUAUUACGUGGGUGGACGCGAGACGAAUGCCAAUAAGGAUUUUAAGGUCGUUCAUACUUAUUGAAAAAGGGCGGAGAACGAUCGUGCUCGAGCCAGAACGGUCUUAGAGAUGGCCGGGAGCAUCUUUCAUCGUUGUGUUGUGCCGUUGUGUUUCGUUGUGUUGGUGGUCGCGUGGGCAGAUGAUCGAGUUUUUCUCACGGAGGAGGACGAGCGACGAUGGAACACACCACCUGAGCUGAUUCCAGAGCAAGUGAUCAAAGAGUCUGAUGCGAAAGCACGAUCGUUGUCCGUUUCAAGCGCGGAGAGCAAUGCGCACUCUUUCGGUUUUCAAGUAAGGCCAGAGGGCGUUAGUUACUCUCAAAGCAACAGUUUCGGUCGUCCAUUGUCUCAAACGAGUGGAGUCAUUUCGCAAAGUCAGUCGGUGUCGUUCGCAGCAGGAUUAACAGGGAUCGCUGGUGCUCUAUCCGUCAGUCAAUAUUAUCCCGUAUAUGGGAAUCAAGGGAAUGUGGUUAGUUUCGGCAGUGGAACUUCUUCUUCUACUUCGUCGGCCGCAUCCUCUGCAGGUUCCACGCAUUCCUUUUCCUCUUCGCCGCAUGUAGCCACGAUUGAACUCGUCAAAGGAAUGCCUGUUAGAUUUCCUGGACAGAGUCAACAUCGACCAAUAUGGACUAAUAUUCGUCCUAACAUUAAUAAUAAUGGUCCUUCGCGUAUCCCAAAAUUAGAAAUAGAAGUGAAACCACAUCAAUAUGAGCAAAAAGAAAAUCGUUUCCCGAUCGACUUAAGCAUUUCGACGCAAGAAACGAAAUUGAAUAAUAACAGACCAACAAUUCAGAUACAUAAAUGGCGACCUAGUAAUGAUGAUGAAAUAUUUAAUAAUCGAUAAAUGUAGAUGGAUAUAAUUGUAGAAAUUUUU